GAUAGAGCAACAGUUAAAAAAUGCAUCCAAUUCCGAGCGUUGCCUUGAACAAUGAGCACGCUCCUGGUCCUCUCCGUGUCAAUUGCGAUCACCAAUGGACUUGGUACCUAUCGGAAUGGUCCAGGAAUUGGCAAUUUGUUCGAUUUGGUUGGUGUAACGCCUGGACCAGAACCGGAGUCUACAACAUUGGGAUUGUGGCAAGAACCUAACCAAGAGAACCAGGAUCAACCAGAAAUUGCUUAUUUACCCUUCAAGGGGUACCAAGUAGAGGCGAACAAAUUGGAGAAGUCUAGAUUGCACAAUCAAAAUCCGUCGAAUGAUCACACUCGUUUCCACGGCAUUCGAAAUUCAAUCCUGAACCACAUUCUGACAGAUUUUCUCAUUCAGAAGAAACGCGAUGGUGUCAACAAGGAAGGCUUUCCCAUUCAUUAUCCUUUGGAAGAUUGGGAUCGAACCGGGAACGUCGUCCAGCCCAAGCCCGAGAGAGGGGUCGAUGAGAUUCAACGGUUAUUGUACAGGGCCUUGCAAGGCCUCGAUCCCGAGGACGCUUUGGCAGUAGCCGACAAAAUUGAGUUUGUCGGAAAUUCUAUGGUCCAGAAAUAUGGUCCUUAUCCUCAGAUCGCGUCCCCGGACAAACCCAGGAACAUUUUUGGCACUUUCAAUCACCCUAUUCAGGGAACGUGGGAAAGUCAAGUGAAUAUCACAGACUUUCACAUAAAGGCCGUAAACCUGACUCUGUAUUUGUGUGCCCCAUCCGAUGCUAAGUUCCCGAACAAUCCUCCCUGGCAAGACUUUCGGUUUGUCAUGGGCUAUUUUAUUCGUCAGAACAUCCGGUCAUUGCGCCUCUGCAAUGAAGAAUCGACGCCGCUCACACUUGAUGACGUUAAAGCUUAUGUCAGAUUCAAAGGCGAGAUAGAGCAUGUGGACCCUCAUUUUGGACCCCUAAGAUAAAGAACAAUCCUACAUAUAUGUGGUGGAUGACUUUGUAUCGUUUACAUAAAUGCAGGAAUAAAUGGUUUGAUGCCAGACAAAGAAGAA